AUGAGCAUGCUGGUGCUUCGAUGCCAGCAGAAAACAUGGUGCAGAUCGAGCUUCGCUGUGACAAGCAGCGUCGUCUGGCUGGGUGGUGGGGUCCCCGGUGUCAGCAACGGUGCCAUAGUGCAGUGCCAGACCCCGUGCUGUAGCCAUAAUGACUCCAAACCUCACGGUGCCACCAGCAAUCCGUGCUUCCUUAACAACAACAUGAAAGAUCAGCUUGGCGCACGAAACAGGCAAAGGGUGGCGAAGGAAAGCAUGGGUCUACGUCUCCUGCUGGGUGCCUCGGGUGUUCUAGGGAGGGAAUUAGUGUGCCAGUUACCACGCGGGCGACCUCGGUCACGACACGGAUCAGACCUCCGCCUCAUAUUCACAUUCUUCUUGCCUUAA